AUGCCGCACCAUGUUAGUUCCCGGCUGCGGCAGCACGGCCCCGUUCAACAUGCAUUGGCCCAGCUUUUAUCCGGGGCUCAUUCGGUCUUUGCAAUCCCGUCUUCGGCAGUCUUUGCCGUUCCGGUAGGCAAGAGUAUGAAGACUCCGUUCUUACGAUCUACUUCUCUAGUGGGACGUCCUCUAAGCCCGGUCUUCGAGUUGGCCGUUCUAGCCAACGGUCAACAUUUGAGAGGACCAAUGAUCAGGGCCGAAUCAGGCCAGCAUCCGGCCGACAAACUGAUUGCUUUCCUCACGUCCCCUGUGUCAAGUUGCUUUUUUCCCUCGGCCUUCGUCACAAUUGAGGAUGGGUUCGCUGUCACUCCAAGGGCUGAAGCACUCAUGUCCAGAACUCACGAAAUUGAAUUCUUGGCCAACAAUUUCAUUAUUUACCAUUUUUCUACCGCUGUCAUUCUACUUGAACGGAACGACGUCUCGAGGCGCUCCACCUCUGAAGCCAAUAUAUUAUCGAAGAACUUGAGAACUACAAUUUCCAAAAUCAGUAACCUCCUAAAUUCCCAAAUGACACAAAGAAUAGGCUGUCUACAGCUUCGUCUAUGCCGUCACACUGUAUGGAUGGAAGCAACGAGACGCCUCGAUUCCCGCUGUCUGUCCCCCACGCCCGGAGAGAAAGCAAACACGACGUGGAAAUUGAAGCCAUCCAAUCGGACGACUCCCCGCCCUUUCGUGUGUCCUCGGCAUUCACUUGUCGUGAUCCAAAUAUAUCUCCAUUGCCAGACGUCGGCAGGAGAGGGUCAACCCAAUCACACUAGGCCUCGGGAAACAGAUGUUCGAGAAACUGACAAACUCUAUGGACAAGCCGACAUGGUUGCCGUCCUUAUGAUCCAUAUGCACAGCAGUGUGACGUAUCUACGGUGA